GAAUAUUUUUUGGAGAACACUGUCAUUAGUUUGUUCUCCAUCGCCCUAAACUUGGGAUCCUGUCCUGUUAUAAUAAUGAUGAACGUGUUGGUGAUCGUCGCGAUUAAAACAAGACGCAGAUUACAGUCCGAGUACAACAUACUACUGGCUUGUUUAGCGGGAACAGAUCUGGCGGUGGGCUUAGUUUCGCAGCCGUUAUUCAUCGCACAAGAAAUCCUCUUCCUGUCGGGUGCAUCGCUGGUUGAUUAUUGUGACUUCUUCAGAAAGACAGUUUUUGUUUUUCUUGUUCCAUGUAUUGAAUCGUUGCUGAUCUUAGCUAUACUGAGUACUGAGCGUUAUAUAGCCAUGAAGUAUUCUCUUAGAUAUGCUAGCAUCGUGACCACUCCCAGGUUAAUUGGCGCUGUAGUUUGUAGUUGGCUUGUUUCAACCAGUUCUUUAAUUUUCUGGUUAAUACCAGCAACGCGUUCCGUGCUUUCAGGACUACUUGUUUAUGCAACUAUUUUUCCAGCCACUUUAAUUAUCGUUAGCUGUCAUACUAAAGUCUAUUUUGUUUCACGCCGUCAUAUGAAUCAGAUCAAAACACAACGGCUCCCAAGCGAAACGAAGGCUAAGUUUUUAAAGGAAAGGAAAGCUUUGAAAACUACUAGUAUAAUAAUCGCCUUUCUGUUCCUUUCAUAUGUGCCAGGCAUUUCACACGGGGUAAUCAAACUUACCGGAGUCCAACCCAGGAAUUACUAUGAAAAGCAGUUACAUUGGUUGGCAAUCGUUUUUUUGUGUAAUUUUUUGAACUCCUUAUUUAAUCCUCUUAUUUACUGUUGGAGAAACAAAGAUCUGCGUAAAGUUAUGAUGGAACUACUCAACAUCAGACAAAAUGGAAACUAACUUAAAAUGACGUCAUCGCACGUUCAAGGCCGCACGACGACGAUUUUCAACUUCAUUGUCUACUCGAACCCUUUUAGAAGCAUCUAACAUUUUCUGAUUUUAUGUAUAAUUAUCAGUUCGCUUCGCUAUUUAUCUAAUCCUUGUAAGGUUGGUAAGACAAUCUAGUUACUUUGCCUUUUAUUUUAAGCUUUACUGGACGUUUUAGUGGAAAAGUUGUUACGCGGGAUUAAAGCUGAAUGCAUUGCUUAAUGAAAGUAAAACAUCUUUUGAUACAGCAAACCUUAAAAAACGUCGAAAAGGACCUACAACUCGCGACAACUCGCGCCACCUCUUGUUUUAAACGAAGGUAAUGCACGUCAGCUAACAAGUGCAAUGUAAAGUUAACUGGAACUCAUUACACUGGUAUAUACUGUAUGGAAAAAGGCAUCGAAUUUGUGCACGCCUCCAAAUUAUGAUCGGUAAACUGACUGGCCACAUUGUACAGUUGUACUGUGAGACACAUCUUUCAAUUGCUUAAUGUUGUACACAGGUGUAUGGGGCUUUAUUUGCCUAGUCCCUAAGUUCCAUUAUUGCGCGCGGCCGAUGCGUUUCGGUUCACGAGGUCCGAGCGAGUUUUCGAGGCCCAGUCGUUCAUCUCGGGUACUUCACCAAAAUGCAUUGACCGAGAAGGCCUGGGAAGGACGCCGUACAGGGACUAGGCAAGGGCAAGCAAGGGCUUUAUUUCAGUGGGUACACGCUGAGGGACCGAACAUUUCACUUUUGAGGGGGGAGGGGCCGGCCAGGGGUGGUUGAUUUCAGUUUAAAAUGUCCUGCAGACUGAUUUCGAGGGAAAAAAAUGCAUAAUACGGGGCAAAAAUCUUACACCGUUGUAUGUCAGGAAAAAAAUUCUAUCACCAGAGGUUUGGGAAAAAAUAAACGCGACAUUCAUGGCGCGCAUUCUAGUGAGGCUCUGAAUGGGCCGGGUUAACGUUGAAACCAACAAAAGAGAGGAGCAUCACGUGUCCGGCAAACACCGAACAAUAUCAAACAAGUGGAUGUAUUCACGGAUUACAAGAAACGUUUAGACAAGUUAAAACGCGUUAAGAAAGCGUGUAGCUCACAAUUCGGCUUAUAAAAAUGUCGCUUUCAUGUUUGCUUUAAGCAAGGAUUCGUUUAUAAUUAAUUGUUGGCCAUUGUUUGGGAGGUUAACGAAAUCGUUCGCGAGGCCUUACGCUUCUUUGACUUAAGAUAAUUUAUCUCGGUUUUACAACGCUAACAUUUUUAUAGAACUGUGGGUAAAUUGGAGUCUUAAAAAACUUUCUUUUAGACAUGUAUAUUUUUAGUUUGCUGGACUUUUCAAGUUUUCAUUAGGUAAAUAGACACUUAUUUAACAUUAAUCAGUCUAUUUUGAAUUAUUAAUGCGGUUUUUCGUAUGUCGUAAUCAAACGAAAGUUACAUGAACCAUGCAUUGACAUGAUUAUAGAUUCAGAAUUAAUAGUCUCUUUAAAUAAAAUAAGUAAAAUAUACUUAACUUUAUAAAACAGUAUAGUUUUCAGUGCUUAAAACUAUUUCCUUUCCAAGAGAUAUCCGCAGAAGUUUAUUUGCUUUUCUAAUAUUUGUAUGUACUCUUAAAAUGACGUGCGUUCUCUACGACGUUCACUUAAGACACGAAAUUCAUUUCUCCGGACAGGCAGCAGCGUCUGUAGUCUAUUGUCCUUAGAAACUGAUUUGAUUUCUUUCGACCAUAGCUAAUCAUUCGUUUCUAUAUCUCAGAAUACUGGAAGAUAAACCGCUUGGAAAAACUUACUGUUGUUCAGAACAUUCUGAACAUUCUGAUAAACAUGUUGGUAAUCGUCGCAAUAAAAACUGACGCGACUUAGGUUACAGUCCGAAUACAACAUACUGCUGGUUUGUUUAGCAGGAACAGAUCUGGCGGUGGGCAUAGUUUCACAGUCAUUAUUCAUCGCGCAAGAAAUCCUCUUCCUGUCGGGUGCAUCGCUGGUUGAUUAUUGUACCUUCUACAGAAAGACAGUUUUUGUUUUUCUUGUUCCAUGUAUUGAAUUGUUGCUAAUUUUAGCUAUACUGAGUACUGAGCGUUAUAUAGCCAUGAAGUAUUCUCUUAGAUAUGCUAGCAUCGUGACCACUUCCAGGUUAAUUGGCACCGUGCUCCCAGGACGUCUUGCUUACUUACUUAGUAUUCCAGCGAUUUUAAUAAAAUGUGUUUUGUCAUACUAAAGUUUAUUUUGUUUCACGCCGUCAUAUGAAUCAGAUCACAAGUCAACAGUUUCCAAGUAUAAUAUAACGAAGGCCAAAUUUCUGGAGGAAAGGAAAGCAUUGAAAACUACCAGUAUAAUAUUCGCUAUUCUGUUCCUUUCAAACAUGCCAGGCAUUUUGCACGGGGUAAUCAAAAUUGCCGGUAUGCAACCCAUGAAUUUCUAUGAAAAGCAGUUAAAUUGGUUGCCGAUCGAUUUUUUUAUGCAUUUUUUUGAACUCGUUCUUUAAUCCUCUUAUUUACUGCUGGAGAAACAAAGAUCUAAGUAAAGGUAUGAUGAAACUGAUCAAGGUCAGACAAAAUGGAAACUAACUUGAAGACAUCACUGCUUGUUCAAAGGGAUAAAGAAGAGGCCAUUCAACUCCAUUGUUUAUUUUUUGGGUAAUAUUGGCCUCUUUUUUAAUUGAUAUAUAAAGAUGUUUCCGAACGUUGCAUCCUGAAACAACUUUGAGGGCUAAAAACUAAAAACGAGGUUGACCUGGAUGACUUUCUAUUGCGUCCUCUUAAAUUCAGUGCUGCUAUUAUCACGAUGGCCCUUACAGCGAUCAUUAAUGCUUGGAAAGAAGCACGUGUAAUUCCCUUGCCUUCAAAAGGGAAAGAGGGAGUGUAUGAAUAGCUAUAGGUCCAUUUUUAUUUUACCGACAGUUUCUAAACUGCUGGAGAGCGCUGUCCAUGUGAUUACUUACGAAAGCAUAUUAACAUUUUGAGCCCACAUCAGUGUGGCUUCAGGACAGAGCAUUUCACCCCAUGUAAGGGAAAUCAAGACAGUUUUGAAUUCUGGGUUCUACGCUCUGGCUUCUUGAUUCUUUGUCAGUGGAACUUGGAUUCCGGAUUCUAAUCAUUAGUGGGAUUCCGGAUUCUUUGAGCUUUAUUCCGCAUUCCAAAGAUCAGGAUUCCUGAUUUUACUCAUUAGUGAGAUACUGAUUCCUUGCGCUUUAUUCCGCAUUCCAAAGAUCCGGAUUUCGGAUUCCGAAUUUCUUUACAUGAGGCGGGGCGUGCAUUCUACGGAAUUUGCGGCUUUAUCAUUUUCUGAUACGAUAAGACGUAACAUCGAUCAAGAUCAAGUGACUGCAACUGUUUUCAUAGACCUCCGAGAGGCGCUUGACAUCGUGGACAAUUCCUUGUUGUAAAAGAAGCUAUAUGCCCAGGGUAUGUUCAAAAGUGCGAGUGGUUGUUGGGCUCCAGGGAGCUUUUUCGGACACUGAAAGUACUUUUGUUGUUAUGUUGGUGUGCCCACGGAUCGAUCCACGGACCUCCUCGAUUGGUACUUCAUGUGAACGACUUGCAUACCUUUGCUCACAAGUGUAGUUUGUUAAUGUAUGCUGAUGGCGCUCUGUAAUGGAGAAAAUAAUUAACAGCCUUUUCCUAAACGCGGUUUAAGACUAAGGCUACAUUGUUGGAAAUUGAUACUAAGCUUCCUGAUGAAGAUCUUGGUGUAAAGCUGUGUAACUUUAAGGGUCGAUCCACCAAGCGUGUAUAUGAGUUCAAUUUUUUAGGAGUUGUAUUUGAUAACCAUAUUACUUGGAAUUCCCAUGUUAAGUAAGUGUUAUCCCGAGCUGAUAAAAGAGUGGACGUAUCAGGGGAAUACUAGGACGCGUUUGGGGAAGUCUCACAUCAGACUGCGCUAAUUCCAUUUACACAGCUUAUAUUCGUCCUGUCAUGGGCUAUAAUUGUGACACCGUGUGGAAUUGCUGCGCGGAGUCGGUAACAGCGCGUCACUGGAGAGCUGUGUAGUUCAAAGACGUGCCGCUAAAAUUGUUUUAAAAUCGGUGACAGUGAAAAAGCUUUAGACGAGCGAACCAUGUUAAUGAACUUGUCAGUUAAAAGAUGCCUAGUCACUGCCCACAAUUCCUCUAAAACUAUUUCACUUUUCACUGCUCCGUACACGAUCGCACUACUAGGCAAAUUAAUAGGCUGCACUCCCUUUCCCCUCCCCCCUCAUUCCUUUUUUUUUUUAGCUCUCGUUCCAACUUUCUCGACGAACUCGCGCGGAAACGCUUGCUAUGCAGGCUAAGAAAGAGCAAAUGAUUUGAAGAAAGUCUACAAGGAAGUGAUUGCGUUAAGAACUUAGAAAUAUUUUGAAUGAAUAAAAAACAAUUAUUGAAUUCGGCUUUUGUAAGGUAGAAAGAAUUAUACAAAAAUUCUUCCUAUCAUGUUCAUUAUGCGCCUUCUCUGCGAACCGCAGAAUAUACUGAUUACAUCACAGUUCCCGGCCAUGAACAUAUUAAUUUUACAUUUCUGUCUUGAAUGGCAGUUCCCGGCCAUGAACAUACUAAUUUUAAUUGACAUUUUCUGUUUUGAAUGGCAGUUCCUAGCCGUGAACAUAUCAAUUUUUUUUCUGCUUUUAUUUCACUUUUACUUUUAUUUUCAUUUCAUAAUAAAAAUGUUUUGUUUUGUCUUGAAAAUAAUAAUAAUAAAAAGAGUCUAUUUUCAAUUCAAUAGAAAAGAAAAUAACUUUGCGUUUUACUUUCACUUCAUUUUAAACUCAAAAUAAUUAAAGUUCAAUCUAAAAUUAACAAAUUUAUGUCGUUUUGACGAAUGGCAGUUGUCGGCCACCAUACACCUGUAGUCUAUUGAAAGCCGCGUUGGACAGUGUCUAGUUUUUAAGUCAUAGAAACUCUAACUUUAAUUUGUUUUCUUCCAAUCAUUUUUCUAUACCUGCUUGAAAAAUGUGACUUAUUGGUAUCCAGAACAUUCGUUUGAAGAGAAAGAUCUAGCACCGAAAUUGUACUUCAAUUUAUUACGAAUUUUCAUUUAUUAUCACAUGAAACACUGCCUUAAUGACAUUUAAUUCGCUCUUUGUUAUCACAAGAAUUUCAUUGCAAGUGUAUAUGUUCAAAGAGUAAAUUAAAAAACGGUGAAGGGUUUGUUCCAGCCCAAUAUUUUUAAGCCGUUAAAACCACUUCUCAAGCCGUUAAAAACACUCCUUGGAAUAAAUAUGUAUCGAUCGAUUAAGUAGAUCGACUGUCACAGCUGCCGGUUUACUCCGCUUAUCUACUGGCGGACAAACUUAGAAACUAACAAAAUAUCGACGCUGCAAAGACCUAAGAUCCCCUUGAAAAAAAGAGAUGAACAACAGCACUGAUUCGGUACGUAAUUUUUCUAUCAAUUGCCGCGGGAGGUUCAAGGAGUAUUUUUUGGAGAACACUGUCAUUAGUUUAUUGUCCACCGCCCUUAACUUAGGAUCUUGCCCUGUUAUCAUCUUGAUGAACGUGUUGGUGAUCGUAGCGAUAAAAACACGACGCAGAUUACAGUCCACGUAUAACAUAUUACUGGCUUGCUUAGCGGUAACUGAUCUAGCGGUGGGUGUAGUUUCACAGCCAUUAUUCAUCGCACAAGAAAUCUACUUUCUAUCGGGUGCAUCGCUGGUGGAUUAUUGCUACCUCUUCAGACUUAUAGUGUACGUUCUUCUUGUCCCAAAUAUUGAAUCGUUGCUGAUCUUAGCUAUACUGAGUACUGAGCGUUAUGUAGCCAUGAAGUAUUCUCUUAGAUAUAAUAGCAUCGUGACCACACCUAAGUUAAUUGGCGUCGUAGUUUAUGGUUGGCUUAUUUCGGCCAUUCCUUUAAUUACCUCGCUAAUACCAGGAAUACGCUUCGCCGGGCUUUCAGCACUUCUUGCGUAUAUAACUGUUAUUCCGCCCUUUUUGGUUAUUGUUUUCUAUCACACAAAAGUUUAUUUUAUUUCGCGCCGUCACAUGAAUCAGAUCAAAACAGAACAGCUCCCAAGCACAACGAAAGCCAAGUUCUUAAAGGAAAGAAAAGCCUUGAAAACUACCAGUAUAAUAAUUGGCUUUCUCUUCCUUUCCAUUAUGCCAUCUGUCUUGCACGGGGUAAUCAAAAUUACCGGUGUACAACCCUGGAAUUUCUAUGAAAAGCAGUUAUACUGGUUACCAAUCAAUUUUUUAUGCAUUUUUUUCAACUCUCUAUUUAAUCCUCUUAUAUACUGCUGGCGAAACAAAGACUUGCGUAAAGUCAUGAUGGAACUGAUAAACAUCAGACAAAAUGGAAAGUAACUUAAGAAGACGCCAUUGCUUGUUCAAGGGGAUAACGAUGAAGCUAUUCCGGGCUCCGAUGUCUACCUUUUGGAAGAAAAGACCUUUUUUGUACUUGUAUGUUAAGAUGCCUUCCAUGUUUAUUUUUAAAUUAUCCUUGAUAUAUUAAUAAUUCAAUGUAGAUUCAGCACAUAAGACGGUGAAAUUCAUUGUAUACUACAUCAGCGAUGAGCGAUACAUGCAUGGAUUAACUUUGUGGUCGAUGUAAAAAGAAUACACAAGGAAUUAGUAAUGAUCAGUAAUGGUUGACACUACAGCUGUCCCCGCUCUGUAUAUUGUCGGUAUUCUUGGUCGUUGAGUGGCUAUUUGAAAUAUACCGAUUCAACUCCUUCGCUUAACACGAGACACUGAUGUUAUUGGUACAGUCCCUUCUGUUGUGUGGCCGUUGCAAGAAAUCCCAGUCCUGCUAAGUUGGUUUGUUUUUCUUGCCAGAAAACGAUUAGGAAAAAUCAGGGAAGGGAAAGCUGUAGCUCUUGUCAACUGGCUAAUAGCUUGGAAGAGACUUUGUAAACAAUCGUCUGUGCAAUUUGUGUGGUACCGGUCCUCAAGGAGUGUCUGAUCGUGUCGCGACUGAAACUACGGGAGAACCAACAGGGGCACCCAACGACAAUUUUCGGAAAAUUAUCUGUUCGGAAGACGAUUUGAGGUCCAGAAUUUUCGGAUCAUUUUCUGAAAAAUUUCUUGCUUGCCUGCCUCUCCUAGGAUUUUCAAACUUUGCCCUAAAAAGGUCACCUAGAAUUUUCGGAAGCCUUUUUUCUGGCUGAAAUUUUCGAAAAGGUAAAUUUUGAUCGCUAUAAUUUUCGGAUCACUAGACUUUCAGCUAGGAAAUCCGAACAGAUGAAAAAUUUUUAGGGGAUAAAAAAAAGCCUUUGUCUACCGUUUAAAUACUAAAGUACGUUCAACAAUGCUAUGUUUAUGUGGUUUUGAACUAUAUUCUCGUUGGAUGCCCCUGAACCAACCAAACGGUGCUGUUUUUUUCGGACGUUAGGGAAAUACCGAGCCAGCGAGGUCUUAGGUCUGAGUAAUAUGUAAGGCGGUAUGCCUUUCAAGAUAUUAAGGUUAGUUUCUUAGUGCACAUUUCUCGCUCAGGUAUACUGAAAGUACGACUAAUAUCAGAUAACUGACUUCAACUGACUUUACUGCUUCGUUUUGGCCAGCUGGCGAGGUCAAAGCUGUGGGUAUUUAUAUUGAGCUCGAGAAAAAAAAGUUCAUAAAAUGACAUCUUACACAUGAAUUUUUUAGAAUUUUACCUUUGUUUUCACAAUUCUUGUAAAAUCUGACAUUCAUUUUCUCAGACUCCCAUGAGAAAUUUUCUUUGGUGUUAUUACAUGACAAAAUACAUCUUUAGCCCCUCAAAACUGUAAAAAAGAAUGCAAUAUUUCAUAAAUUAUUCUGUUACAAGGUUUUUGUCCACUGAAAAUUAAAAUUAUUCAAUUUCCUGGUGGAUUCUGUCUUAAUUUUUUUUUUGGGGGGGGGGGCAAUUCAGUUCCCUGUUCAUUACAAGAUGGAACUUUUAUUAAGCUGCCAUCUUCAGGGGAGAGACAAAUGGUGACUUAAUAGAGGUUCUUUAUAUGGUGAUUUACCGACAAUUUCAUUUUGCUCAGUUUUGUAAUUGUAAUAUAUACUUUAUGUGAUGUGUAAUAAACCAGGAGUGAUUCAUCCAAACAAUAAUGUACAACUACUAGACGUUUCUGUUAAUGCUGUUGCAUGCCGAGAAAAUUUGACCCAAACAAACAGCUUUGGCUUGGUUAAACAAACACCAUUAAGCAUUAAUUGUUUUGUUAUAUUUUCGUUAUGAAUUAUUAAUCUAAAUGAAAUUUUUUAUACUUGUGCGUUUUAAUCCUUCCUUUAUCCUUUACGUCACGUACCAGAUUCAGAAUUAAUCGUCUCUUGUAAAUAUAACCAAGGCCUAGGCCAAACAUCGAACUUUUCAUGAGACGAACCAAACUUAGUGAGCUAAAGGCAUGAUUGAAAUGUUCGACGUCUGGCUCAGUUAAGUUCGUCUGAAUGAGUUUGCCGGGCGUCCAACACGUUCUAUCCGUCUGAAGAUCGUCUCCUGGGCCAAACGUCGAUCUUCACAUGCGACGAACUAAGAUAAUAAAUUAAAAGUGUAUUUAGCCUCUUUCGGGAGAAAAUUUAUUAAUGAUCUGAUUCAGUUGCCUCGUGCGACGCGUCCUAAAGUUCUACGUCUGACCCAAAAGACGAACUUAACUUAAUUUAGGUCGACACAAAUUAAAGUUUGUCUUUGACCAGUCUUUGACUCAUUUCAUUCUUGUCCUGCUUACAAGAAAAAUAACCAAACGCGCGGUGGCUUGGGUCGGGUCUGUGCAACCUGGAUGUAUAGUUUACCGUUCCAUUGGGCACGUUGAAUGGAAUGAAAAGCGCCCAGUGUGUACCGCAAAUUUCAGUUCUUAUUUUGGCAUUAAUGCAAGCGCCUACUUUUUUUUGCUGUGCUGUCUUUCACCCUUAAUUGAUAAAAUUGAUUUCACUCAGUUUUUUAUAAAGGGAGGAGUUCAUUGGAGAGUUAAGAGACUUCUAGAUCGAUGGAUUCAUGGUUCAUUUUUUCAAUAAUCGCAAGAAGAAAAAAAAUUCUUAGGAGAAAAAGAUCAGAGCUUAAAACUUAGCAGUGCCCUUAUCACAUGAAAAGAAAAACUCAUAGAAUAUUAAGCAAAUAAUUCUGUAUCUCCUUUAUGAAUUAUAAAAUAUAUUUUUCUUAUAUUUCGUGUGUUUUAAUAUAGCUUUUUGCAUUGCAAGGUGUAUUGUCAUAGAUUAUCUGCGUCAUACCACUUUCAGAAUCAAUUCAGUAUCAAUCAUCCUAUUGAGUGAAAGUAAAAACACAACUCACAAAACCCAGGGGAGCUUUUAAGUGCUUAAACUGAUGAUGUUUGUUUGAAAAUGGCCCAAUAUCCAGGAAGGAUUAUGUACUUAGCAUUUUUUUGAAGAACUUACUAAUUAAAAAUGAUGGGAGAUUUGUCAGUAAGGCAUUUUUAUCGAGGAUCAUUCAGGUAAACCGACAAGAAGUACCUUUUAUUAACGUGUGGCAGUAUAAUCCGUGGAUUCUGAGAAGGGACUAUGGAGCGUUUCCAAAAUUAUCAGGAAGAAUGGAUGAAUUAUAGUGACCAAUUUCUAAGCCUUCCAAAACACAUCUGAUAAGUUCAAUUUUGGCAUUUUCUUUUUUUUUCUCGGCUUUUGGUACUUAGAGCCAUGAAUGACUCAGCAAAAGAAUAGCUGCCCAUAAUUUUCUUUUGAGAGGCGAUUUAUUACCGAGGUUUGCUCUGAACUAAUAUAAGCUUUAAUUUUAAAUUUAAGGCUAUUUUUUAAUCGCUCGUUAACUAUACAGCCUUCCGCUUGUAUGGGUAAAGUGUGUAUUUGAAAGAAGACGUCCUUUGGCGUUAAUCUCUUGUAAUUCGUCUUCAACUUUCUUUAUUUAAAGACUGUCGUCAUUGUAAUUCUAAAUAUUUUGCAGAAAGGAAAUCACAAGUAAUGAAGGAUUUAUUCUUGCCUUAUAUCAGCUUUCAAAACUUUUAACGACUUUAGAAAGCCGUUAAAAAUACUCUUCAGUGACUUUGAACAUGAUGUAUCGAUCUAUCUUUCACGAGAUCAGCGUUCAGAGUCGUUUCACUCUUCUUGAUCGCUGUUUACUUAAUUACAAGUUGAAUAAUAUUAACUCCUUCAAAGACAGUGAGAUUCUCGCAAGAAAAAUGGAUAUGAACGUUAACGUCAGUCAGAAUUCUGCACUUAACGUAUCAAUUAUUUGCCGCAGUAGAGAAGACGAGUAUAUAUACAUUUUGGUGAACACUAUCGCAAGUUUGUUUUCUAUCACGCUGAACUUAGGAUCAUGCCCUGUUAUCAUCUUCAUGAACGUGUUGGUGAUCGUAGCGAUAAAAACACGACGCAGAUUACAGUCCGAGUACAACAUACUACUGGCUUGCUUAGCAGGAACAGAUCUGGCGGUGGGCUUAGUUUCACAGCCGUUGUUCAUCGCACAAGAAAUCUAUUUUCUGUCGGGUGCAUCACUGGUGGAUUAUUGCCGCUUCUAUAGACGAAUAGUUUUCGUUUAUCUUGUUCCAUGUAUUGAAUCGUUGCUGAUCUUAGCUAUACUGAGUACUGAGCGUUAUAUAGCCAUGAAGUAUUCUCUUAGAUACGCUAGCAUCGUGACCACACCUAAGUUAUUUGGCGCUGUAGUUUGUAGUUGGUUUAUUUCAACUAUGUCUUUCAUUUUCUGGAUGAUACCAGCGACACGUUCCACGCUUUCAGGACGUCUUGUGUAUCUAACUGUUACUCCUGCCAUUUUAGUGAUUAUGUUUUGUCAUACAACAGUUUAUUUUGUUUCACGCCGACAUGUGAAUCAGAUCAAAACUCAACAGCUUCCAAGCGAAACGAGGGCCAAAUUCCUCGAGGAAAGGAAAGCCUUGAAAACCAUCAGUAUAAUUCUCGCUUUUCUAUUUUUUUCAUAUAUACCAGGCAUUUUGGACGGCUUGUUUAGGUUAAUCGGUAUCCUCCCCAAGAAUCAGUAUGAAAAGCAGAUACGUUUAUUGUCUAUAGCAUUUUUGCGCGUGUUUUUGAACUCUCUGUUUAAUCCGCUGAUAUACUGCUGGAGAAACAAAGAUCUACGUAAAGUUAUGCUGGAACUGAUCAAGAUCAGAAAACAUGGAAGAUGACUUAAAAUGACGGCAUUGCUUAGCUGUAGUUCAUGUACAUGGUUUACAAGCACGAAAGGACUGGUCGUUUAUUACCUAUGAGGAGCGGGGGGUAGGCAGGGCAUGAGGUGGGGAUUUGACAUUUUUCAAAAAUUUGCAGUCAAAUUCCCUGCUCACAGGCAAAUCAUUCCAGUCAAUUGCAACCAAAUUUACCCACUCCGGGCUGCACAUUACUGUCAAAUAUCCGAAGGCAGAACCCAAUAAACGCACACUAAAAAUGUCUCCAAAUAAAACUCUGCAAUCUUUAUUUAUAUUACGUUGCUGCAUCACCAGUACAUGUGCAGUUUCAGCUGCAAUUACACAUUUUAACCAUAAUCCAUGUUACACUGCGUAGAAUACAGAAACCUUUUGGAGAAAGUCCACAUUUUGUAAGUUUGAAUAUACCGUUCUUAGUAAAGGGUACAAAGAAAGUCAAUUUUAUAAGCUUACAGUGAUUGUAGGGAAUGAGCCAUAGAUACACUGAUCAACUGUACUAGCAAAAAUGGACUUGGUUUCUCUUUACUUUCGUUUACUUUGAUACCACAGUAUCUUAAGAAGUUCAAUUGAUCAAAAGCACGCUAAAACACAUGAUACGAAAUUUGAAGACUAAACAGUGAAACCCACUCAGCUUUCACUUGUUCUCGUUGGUCUCCAUGAUUUCCAGAUCUUUCCAGACCGUACGGCGCAUGCGUGAAGCGUGGAAGUGGGAAACAUAUGUUCGGUCUCAGUCUUUUUCGUCCGAGUCGUCAGUCUUCACGUCGGGCGAAGAAAGAUUCAAAUAUCCCCUCCCCUGGGAGAACAAGCUCAGUCAAAUGCCCUACCCCAGGUCCAACAACGCCAAUCAAAUCCCCACCCCAUCCCUCACCUCCCUGCUCCGCCGGCAUAAUAUUGAUAGGUGUAUUGAAGUUCAGUUUCUUUAAUGUCUGCGAAAAGAUGCAACAUCACGGGCGUUCUUUACGAAUGCUUGCAGUCGGUUUCAGAUAGGAGAGAUAACAGUGGGGGAUCCAGGGGAGGGACCCGGGGGCCCAGCCUCCCCCCUUAUCUUUAGACCAAACUGAGACCCGAAGGGCCGAAGAAAGUUUUCUGUGAGACCGGCUUCCCCCCCCAACCCCCACCUUAUUUCAGGGUCUGGAUAAUAUAUGCAUAAACGAAUCAUGAAAGAACUUACUAUUGAAAGGACUUUGUUCUACAUUCAGCCCAUUACUUCUAAGAUCGUAAGGUGUGACCGAGGUUUAAGUAAAUUACCUAUAUAACAUGAUCCAUUUGGAUCCAUUCUCCUUAAAACAUUUAAAGAAUGUUGUCAGUGAUUCAGUUCUAUACGUCUGUGUUCAAGUGAAUUCAUAUCUUCGAUCUUGAAAAGAGACUCAUAAUCAGAACUUUUUCCAGUGUUCUUUAUUGCUCCUAACCCGUAAUGAUUAUUAUCUUCCAAUUCUCUUUUGAGUGUCUUGUUAACGCCGAUAACUAACGAAUUACAAUAUUCAAAAUGCGACAAUUCAAAGCUCUUGUAAAGGACAAAUAAAGUAUUUGUUGGAACUAAGCGCUUAAGGCGUCGAAGUGUAGUUAACUUAGCGUAUGCUUUCUUUAGCAAUAUAUAUUCUUAUAAAUCUUAAAGUGUUCUUUGAUGGAGAUGCCAUCAAAUUCUAGGUUAUAAAAGUAAGAUGAGUUUCCACAGCCGAUCAUCCCUUGUGUCUAGUCUCCAUUGGCAUGAAGAUAAUUGUGGUCAAGCCAGGAUGAAAUACUUUCCAUGUCUUUAUUUAAGGUGUAUUGAAGCACAAUUGGGCUGUUGUCCGCCGCAUAUUGGGUAGUGUCGUCUACGUAGCGGCGGAGUGACGAGACGGGAACGGUUUCGUUCAUGUCAGUCAUAAAAAUGUUAAACAAUAAGGGACUAAGGAGAGUACCCUGAGGGACACCACAGCGUGGAGGUGACCAGUUAGAGCAUGAAUCGUUCCUUAUUAGCCUUUGUUUGUGGUUAUCAAAAUAUGAUCUUAUAAUUUGAACGGGCUGGCUCUUGUACGCCCUAUGGUUUUAAUUUUGCAAGGAGCAAAUUGUGGCAAAUGUAGUCGAAAGCCUUUGAUAGAUCGAUGGCAGCCACACUCACAUCUUUCUUUUCAUCAAGAGCGCGCCUCCAAUCAUGAUCUGUUUGUUUUAUCAACGCUGUAGCGCCAGAAUGUCCCUUGAGAAAGCACGACAUAUUAAGUGAGAAAUUUGAUGCAAAGGAAGUGUACAGUUUAUCAAACAUCACUUUUUCGAAAAGCUUGGAGACUGCGGAGAGGGAACUGACAGGUCGGUAAUUAUUUUGGUCUGUCGCUUCACCCUUUUUGUCGAAAGGGGUGACAUUGCUCUUUUUUCAUUUGCUGGGCAGAGCCCUAAUGCGAAUACAGAUUGGCUAGUGGAGAGGCUAUGGCUGAAGCAGAUACUUUUAGCAUUCUAAAACUUUCUACUUUCAGAUAUUUGGUGAGGAACCAUCAGGGUCGGUAUAUUUCUCAGCAUUUAUCUUUAAUAAGCAACCUGUUACGUUUUCUGUAGUGAUUUCCAUAAAAGCGAAAUCAACUCGAUACGAUUUGCCCUUAGUUGUUAUAAUGCUCGGAUGGUUAUCGAAGUCCUCUUCCUUUUUAUGUAUUCUUGGGUUCACAAAGAAGUUGUUGAGUGUAUCCGCAAUGCUGGAAUCAGAAAUGAGUUUCCGUCUUCUUCUUGAAGGUGGAUAGUGCUAGUUCCAUCAAUGUUGGAUUUAUUGUUUGGAAAAGUGGUUUCACCUUUUUCAAGCAUCCAAGAGAGAAAGCGGAAAGCAUUCCUAUCCCAAUUUUUCACGAAUCUAGACUCUCGCUUUAGGUAGGGGUGUAGUAUGAUAAAGUUUUUCAAGGGAGCAUAACAUGUUUAUUGUGCCAAGUUUCUUGGAUCAUAAUUAGCACUAAAUGUGCAAAACAUUUGGCGGAGAUACACUGGAGCAAGAUUACGUAAAGGUUUCAAAACCAAGAUGGCCUUAUGCUUUUGCCUGUUGGAGAUCAAGUUUUCCCACACAAGUGUGUGUAGAAGUGGAGAAAAACUAACAACACACCUCUAUUUUGUUACGACCCGGGCGACACGAUUUUGAAGCUUUUGAAGUUUCCUAAUUAAUUGAUUAUUUAUGCCAUCCCAGACUGUGCAACAAUAACCAAAAUGUGGCUGGAUGAGGGAAUUAUAAAUCUUUUUAGCCGUAUCCAAUGAUACGAAUGGCCUAAGUCUUUUUAGGGCGCCAAUGCCAGAGAAAUUUCGUCUACAUGGUUUUUCUAUGUCAAAUUGUCAUCUAUGAGAACACACAAUGAUUUAGCUUUCUCAUCUUGGCUGAUAUUUUCCCCUUCGAUUUGCAUUUGUAUUUGCAUUGCUUACUGCCUUGCAGCCGUAAUCUUUGGCGAGUGCAAAUCAAGAUAAAUUUAGUUUUGGCAACAUUUAGACUUACUUGUUCGCCAGAAGCCAAAUUUUUAUUUUUUUUAAUUCGCUCUUCAUCUCCCUUCCACGGACAUUCAAGUCAGAAGCAGCCGAAGUAAUAUUAGUAUCAUCAGCAUACAUUCUAGAGGCAGCCUUCUCUAGACAAUUUGGGAGCGGAUAGUUCAUAUAUAUCAGAAAGAGUAACAGUCCUAAGAUGGAGCCUUGAGGAACUCAACAAGUGAUUUGUUUCACUUGUGAUAAAUGACCGUUAAACUUACACUUCUGGCUUCGAUUGCUUAAAUACGACUCAAACCACUUUUAAGAGUUCCUGUUAAUACCAUAAAUAGAAAGCUUACGCAACAUUUCAAGAGCUUUCACCACAAGUUCUAAACAACUACCUUUCGAAAUUCAUCUUUAGCCUAGGAAAAAAAGAUAACUCUGACUAUGAACCCACAAGUUUAAGAGGAUUUCUUUCAAGUAUCCAGAGAUAUCUGAUCAAUGAAAGCCAUGAAAGCCAGGAGUAAGCUUGAAUAGAAUGGUAUGUUACUUGUUAAUGUUAGUCAAUUUUUUGUGCCCUAAGUUUAUACCAAGGGUCUACCUGUUCAUACAUUUUCUAUUUACAUAGACUUUGUUUCCGAUUGAUACAACUGACUGUAAGCCAUUGUAGGCAAUUUCAAACCUUAAGGUUUAAAAUAAAGAAUAAAGCGUCUUUUGUUUUAUUGUGAGGAUUUUUUAUAAUAAAAAGAAAAUUACAUGGUCGCUUGGAGUCACGAAAUUUCAACACUCGAAGAGAAAUUUCGUAUCUCCGCGCGGCCACGUAAUAUCCUCUCUCUCAUGAAUGUGAAAUAUUGAAAUUUCUAUGUUCUACAUGGUAUAAGAUAUGGAAAUUUUGUUAUUGCGAAUGUUAAAUAUUAGAAUUUCUAUGUGCUGGAUAAUAUCAAAUAAGGAAAUUGAAUUAAAUUAAAUUUAAAACUUUCCCAUUCUUGGAAAUUGUCAAAUAACAAAAUUUCUAUACUUUGCAUUAUGUCAAAUACUGAAAUUUCCUCCUUAUCGAUGAAAAAUAUUAAAAUUUCUAUACUCUGUCUGAUGUCAAUUAUAAAUAAGAGCAAAAGCAAAACAAAACAAAGCAAAAACAACAGUUUGACAUUCCUAUAUGUACGUAAUGUAUUAGCUUUUUUAAAAAAUCGUAAUUUAUCUCCUAGGAUAUUUCCCUAGAAUCUAACGUGAAUCACGGAAAUUAAAUCUGAAAAUCCUUGGGAGCUAUAACUUUCAAAUUUCCUCAGAUUUAAGUUAAGCUUUUAAAUAUUCAUAUAUACCUAGUUUGUCAGUGAAGUUCGCUUAUUUUAUUCUUUUCCGAAAAUAAGUAACUUUCAAUAUUCUCUCUUUUACCUAUAAAAUGAUCGAGUUGCUAUAAUGACAGUAAUGACAGAUAUUAGAAGGCAUUUUUACCUAGUUAAUAGAUUUUAUAUUUCGAGUAAAAACACAUAAUAUGAAGAAAUAAAAAGCAUUUUAACAACUUUAUAAAAAAACACGAACACCCUGUCGAGGAGAACCCGGGGACUGAGCCUGUCAAUAAGACAAAUAAUUAUUUAGGGAUAUUAUGUGGACCAUUCAGAUUGAAUCUGUAAGCCCUACUUAAAUCAAUCCUUUGAAAGCAAUCAGCCUUUAAAUAUUAGACACAUUUUGACCAUCUGCAUGUAGAGCUUUGCGCUUCGAAUCUUGAAGUAACAGAGUCCUUUCAAUAACGAACGUUGUCGACGCAUUAAAAGAGCCGAAAAAGAAUCGAGCAGUAACGGACAUAUUCAGUCCCAAACAGCAGCGAUGAAUUUCACUAAUUCCUUAGCCACUAAGAAUGUUGCUAGUUGUCGCGUGGCAAAAGAGCGGUAUUUUUGGGAGUACAUCCUCGCUACUUUACCUGUUAUCGCGCUGAAUUUAGGAUCAUGCCCUAUUAUCAUCUUGAUGAAUGCGUUAGUUAUCAUCGCCGUAAAAGCAAGACGCCGAUUACAGUCCAUCUACAACAUACUACUGGCCUGUUUAGCGGGAACAGAUCUGGCAGUUGGCUUAGUUUCACAAUCAUUGUUCAUCGCUCAAGAAAUCCUCUUUCUCUCAGGUACAUCGGUGGAGGAUUACUGCCAGUUUUACAGGAAGACCGUAUUCUUUUGUCUUUUCCCAAGUAUUGAAUCGUUGCUGAUCCUAGCUUUACUGAGUAUCGAGCGGUAUAUAGCCAUGAAGUUCUCACUAAGAUAUGCUAGCCUCAUAACCACACCUAGGUUAAUUGGCGCUGUACUCUGUAGUUGGAUUAUCUCAGUUAUUUCUGUAAUUUUAUGGUUAAUACCGGUAACAUAUUCAUUUGCUGAAGUAUUCGUUUAUGUAACUGUCAUCCCAGCCAUUGUAAUUAUUGUAUUCUGUCAUGCGACAGUUUACCUUGUUUCACGCCGACAUAUGCGUCGCAUAAAGACAGAACAACUUCCAAGCGAAACGAAGACUAAAUUCGUAGAGGAGAAGAAAGCCAUAAAAACUACAAGUAUAAUUAUCGCGUUCGUGUUCCUUUCGUUUGUGCCAUCACUUUUGUACGGGAUAUUUUCCCGCGAUAUACGGCAGACGAAUCUGAGGGCUCUCGUUUUGUCGUGUAUUUUGCUAAACUCGCUCCUUAAUCCUGUUAUUCACUGUUGGAGAAACAAAGAUCUACGCAAAGUUAUGAUGGAACUGCUUAAAAUGAGACAAAAUGAAAACUAA